UGAGACAGGAAACAUAUAACCAAACCCAAAAUGAUCUUUGGAGAUAAAAACCACGAUGUCUGAAAAAAAAUGCAUAGGAUGGGAGUAACAUCAGAUUACACAUUCUAGAAGAAAAGGAUUUGAUUGUCAGUAACUAUUUUGUUAAGAAUUUGUACAAUCUUGUACAAAAAUGGCCUCCCCAAAAGAUGUCCUGAGAAAAAGUUUGAAGAUGGUCCAUGGCUGUCCUAUGGUCUAUGCUUUUGCGAACAACUGGGAAGAGGUCGAACAGUUCUGCAGCAGGCCCGAUGACAUUGUGAUAGUCACUUACCCCAAAUCAGGUACCACCUGGGUAAGUGAAAUUGUGGACAUGGUUUUAAAUGAUGGAGAUGUUGAAAAAUCUAAGCGAGAUUUUAUAACUGCUAAAGUUCCCAUGUUGGAAAUGGCUGUUCCUGGAGUGAUUUCAGGUAUAGAACAAUUGGAGAAGAAUCCAUCCCCUCGUCUUGUGAAGACGCAUCUACCGAUUGAUCUCCUUCCUAAGUCUUUCUGGGAGAACAACUGCAAGAUGAUUUAUAUGGCUCGAAAUGCCAAGGAUGUUGCAGUUUCAUAUUACCAUUUUGACUUAAUGAAUAAUUUGCACCCUCCUCCUGUUACCUGGGAAAAGUAUCUGGAGAAUUUCAUGGUUGGAAAUGUGGCCUAUGGUUCCUGGUUUAAUCACGUUAAGAGCUGGUGGAAGAAAAAAGAAGAACACCCAAUACUUUUCUUACACUACGAAGAUAUGAAAGAGAAUCCAAAGCAAGAAAUCAAGAAGAUUGCUGCAUUUCUAGAGAAAAGCUUAAAUGAUGAGAUCCUGGAUGAGAUCGUCCAUCACACCUCAUUUGGAAUGAUGAAGGAUAACCCUCUGGUGAAUUAUAAACAUAUUCCAAAUACAGUGAUGGAUCACAGCAUAUCCCCUUUCAUGCGCAAAGGAAUUGCAGGUGACUGGAAGAAUCACUUCACAGUGGCCCAAAAUGAGAAAUUUGAUGCCAUUUAUGGGAAGGAAAUGUCUGGAAGUACACUGCAGUUCCGCACCAACUACUAGAGAACCUCAGCUGCAAUUCUGAAAGAACCAACCUGAAAUUCGUUGACACAGGGGCAGUUAUGACUUGACUUGGGCAAUCAAACAGGUUUUUAAAGAAGCAGAUAUACUUUUAAAACUUUGAUUUUUCAGUGUCAUUGUUUAGUUCCCAGUUUUGCUUCUGACUCUGAAAAUCUUCAUUCUGUAAAGUUAAGGCCAAUCAUUACCUUUUUUGUAAACUGUUCAUGCCUUUUCCUAGACUACUACUGGCAAGAAAAUAUUUAGGCUACCAAAUUUCCAUGUAUUUUGGCUGAAAAUGAAGUUUUUCUCCCUGUUACCAUGGCCCAGGAAAUUUGUACACUGACACUGUAUUUCCUAGCUCUGCCCCAAUUUCCCUUUGCUGAGUAUUUGAUUCUGGACACUCUGUCCCACUGCUGUCUCUGGGUUUCAAGUUGUUCCCUGAGUCAUAGCUCAUGUUCUUGCAAACUCUCUAUUGUGAUAACAUGGUUCAUGUCCCAAGUCACUUGGUUCAGACUUUGGAACUUUUUAUGCCUAAUCUGAUUAUCCAAAUUUCUAAUCUCUAAAUUUCCAAAGGUGAAAGGUUUACCUGAGUCUCCUUUGUACUCUUCUCUCUUACAACAGGAGCUUGACCCUGAGAGCCUGACUGGGGACUGGAACCUGUUUCCUGGGGACAGCACCUCCCACAUCCAACCUGACUGUUAUGAACUGCUGAGAAUUGCCCAGUGUUGUUCACUGGUCUCCAUUUAGGGGCUUCAGUUUAUUUGUUCUUGCUUCCAGUUCCCUGGGCCCUUACUUGUUCUGGAGAUAAGUUCUGACACAUGACCACUCCCUGAGCCACAACUGAGAUGGCUACAAUAACUUGGGUUACAAUAUUUUUAUCCAGGGUGAAUCUGUGCUAUAGGCCUCUGCACCAGUAAUAGCUCCUCAAGCUUGUAACUCAUCUUUCCCAAUGCCAGUGGAGGACUGAUCCAAUGCCAAGUGCAAACUUCCAAGGAGUGAUAUGUUUGUGAUUCUGGAGAUAGUUGAGAGUUAUUAUCUAUCAUUUGCAUUCUAAAUUACUUCAGGGAAUGAAAUUUGUGUUUAUGCUUCUUAGACACAUGUUUAGUAGUAGUUAACCUUGAAUAGAUCGGGGUAUUGUGAAUCAGUUUCAACUUUCUAGAACACUCUUGUGAACAAGGAGGUAAAGCCAAUCAGGUAUCCAUUUGAAUUAUUAUCUUUCUUAAUAAUAAACUAAUAUGUACACACUGUGAUGCUAUGGUCUGUUUUUGAAAAUUAUUAAAUAUCUCUGAACUAGCCUUUUAUCUGUGUAAUAGAUUAGCUGCACUAACUGCCUUCACUAACAAUAUGAAAUGAUUUCCACUUUCCUUAGUUUUUCUUAGUGACAUAUGUUUCUGAAACUGCACUUUAUUCAAAACAUUUAAGAGAGUUUUAGCUGUAUCCCAGGUAGUUUUAUAGGUGCUGGAGAUAAAGUGGAGAAAAAAUAGAAUUUAGAUUUUCUUUUAACAGGUUGUUGCCUCUUGUCCAUUUUUAAAAUCCAUUACAAAUGACAACACCCUCGUUCACUCUCUCCUCAGCUCAUGGGCCACUCCACACAGUAGCACUCCCACUGCAAGGGUCCCUAAUAUUCCUUGAAAUCAUUCAGUGAACUGCCACCAAACUGUUUUUCUAAAAUGAUGAAUUUGUCACUAUUUCUUUUUCAGAAGUCACUGGUGCAAUUUUUAAACAAAACCACUUAUAAUAAUCCUCAUUUCUUUUUCUUUAACCAUAGACAGUGAUCUAAGGACAGUGAUUAUAAGUAGCUGGCAAUGAUGAUUACUGUCUCAUUCAUGGAGCCUCACUAAGGAGAUCAAGGAAUUGUUCUUCUAAGAAGCCAAAGUGUGGCUUAAAUUUUUUUUCCAUCAUGACAUUGAAAGCAAGUGCUAGGACUGGUUUAGAGUACCUAUCUAGUAAGUACCGAUUGUGACUCUUGUCAUUAUUGAUGAAAGUAAAAGAGCCAAAAAGUCUCCCAAGAGAACAAUAUUUUGGAUUUUUCUUUAGUGACUCACUUAAACUUUAGAAAACUGAAUAAACAAGAUGUUUGUUUUCUUAUCUGUAAAAUUAAGUAAUUGGUUUGUGUCUCUUCCACAUUGUAAAGUUAUCUGGCUUUAUUUUAUAUGUGCUUUGUGACAACCAUAAUUAAACUGUAUUCACCUGUGUAAA